CUCUCUCUCUUUCUCUCUCUCCUUCACUCUUCUUUUUUUUUUAAUCAUUAAAAACAACAACAAGCAUCUACAUACAAAUUUAUAUAUAAAACUAUCAAAUGGGUCUUUUGUCACUUGGAACACCACUUCACUGGAAAGAAGCCAAAACACACGCUGAUCACGUCCGCUCCCACGGUAUCGAUCAAUUCCUUCAUAUCUAUCAUAGUCAAAAGGGCCAGAAGAAGCAGUGCUUGCUAUGGGGUGACGAGGUUGAGUAUGUUGUGGUUGAUGUGGAUGAAAAGGCAAAACGAACAAGACUUUCUCUUCGCGUAUUCGAGGUACUGGCCGAACUUCAGGUUGCAGAACAAGAGUAUCUGGAAGGCAAAACAAAGGUAGUACCAGAUGCUCUCUGGAGACCAGAAUAUGGAAGAUUCAUGAUUGAAGGCACACCAGGAGAGCCCUAUGGCGCCACAUUCCAAGAUCUAUUGACAGUCGAACCCAGCAUGAAGCUCAGAAGACGUCUCGCAUUGGCUGCCAUGAAACCAAAUGAAAAGCCGAUGACUCUUGUCAACUACCCUCGUCUCGGUUGCCCCGAUGAAUUAGUACCUCCUCAUGAGCCCAAUGGUAAAGCAUGCCAGAGUAUGUUUGUACCGGACGAGAUCAUCAAUCCUCAUGCAAGAUUCCCAACAUUAACGGCAAAUAUUCGCCGUCGUCGUGGUGCAAAGGUGGAGAUCAAUGUUCCAAUCUUCCAUGACACCAAAACCCCAAAACCUUUUAUCGAUCCUACCGUCCUGUGGGACAGAACCUUGUUUAAGCACGACAAGGAAGCAAAGGAAGGUGCUGCCAAGCCUGAUCAUAUCUACAUGGAUGCCAUGGCUUUUGGAAUGGGCUGCUGCUGUCUCCAGAUCACUUUCCAGGCCUGUAAUGUAGAUGAGGCCAGACGUCUUUAUGACCAGUUGGCCCCAAUGACUCCCGUGAUGUUGGCCUUGACUGCUGCUGCACCCAUCUUCAGAGGCUAUCUUGCCGAUGUAGAUUGCCGUUGGAAUGUAAUUGCUGCCGCAGUAGAUGAUCGCACACGCGAAGAAAGAGGAUUGGAGCCCUUGAAAAACAACCGAUUUGUCAUAAACAAGUCCCGCUACGACUCCAUCGACACCUAUCUCUCCACAGAUCCAAUCAACAAGCCCAAGUACAAUGAUCUGGACUUGGUGUACGAUCACGACAUUUACGAUAAACUGCGAAAGAACGACGUCGAUGAUCUGUUGGCAAAACAUGUGUCGCACUUGUUUAUCCGUGAUCCUCUGGUAAUCUUUAAGGAGCUGUUGGAUCAAGAUGACACAAAAUCUUCUGAUCAUUUUGAAAAUCUUCAAUCAACCAACUGGCAGACCGUUCGCUUCAAACCCCCACCACCAAACUCUGAUAUCGGAUGGCGCGUUGAGUUUAGAAGUAUGGAAGUUCAGCUUACAGACUUUGAAAAUGCUGCAUUCUCCGUCUUUAUCGUCCUGUUGACUCGUGUUAUCCUCAGUUAUGGCCUAAACCUUUAUAUCCCCAUUUCAAAGAUUGACAUCAAUAUGCAAACGGCUCAAAAACGAGGAGCUGUCUUGAACGAAAAAUUCUACUUUAGAAAGAACAUCUUUAAUUCUCAUUCAGAUACCCAGAAUGAAGACGAUGACGAUGAAUACGAACUUAUGACUGUGAACGAGAUCAUCAACGGCAAGGAAAAUGGAUUUACUGGAUUUGUGCCUUUAAUCCACCAUUACCUCGAGAGUACAAACAUCGAUGUCCAGACUCGCUGCAAACUUUCAAGCUAUCUGUCACUCAUCAGCCGCCGUGCUAGUGGUGAGCUGAUGACAGGAGCAGCAUACCUGCGACAGUUUGUAAUGAACCACCCGGCCUACAAACAUGAUUCGGUUGUUUCUCCAGAAAUCACCUUUGAUUUGGUAGAGACAGUCGAUAAGAUUGCAAAAGGCGAACUCAAGGUUCCCGAACUCUUGGGUAACUUUGCCGCAUAACAAAACGAGCAAAACAUCCUUUCCAUAUUUUCUUUCUAUUUUAUCAUUCUUUCUUUCUGUUUUGCAUAAUUCUUUUCUCGUUCAUGAGAAUCAGAACCAAAACCUCCAUUACACGUCUCAAAUUUCAAAUGUCCUCUUAUUCCUUUCCCACGCCUGCUUUCUUCCUUUCUUCUUCUCAUCCUUCAAUGUUCUGUUCUGUUCAUCUUCACUUUCUUUAGAUACUUUCUUUUUUCUUUUUCUUAUUGAUCUUCUUUAGUUAAUAGUCAAAUUAACCUACUAUAGAUCGUACAGAUAAAAUCAAAAUCAAAAUCAAAAUCAAAAUCAUAGUAUAAUAAUAAUCAUUACUACUACUACUACUACAACAACAACAAUAACAACUAAUAACAAUAUAAUAAUAAAGGCCAAGAAAGAGCCAGUAUUUUUGUGU